AAAGGACAUUUCUGAAUGUUCUUACGUCAUCAACCCUACAUUGAUUUUUUCGUCGUUGCCUUUGCUUUGCGAAUCGACUGUGUGUUUUGGGGCAAGCAGCCAUCCAGUCGAAGCUAACCACUACAGUUUGGAAUAACAGCUCAAACAUAUUCCACGGGCUAAGCGAAGUCGUUUGUUUGAAUAAGAAAAACAGUCUAUCCUCUGGGAAACAAUUUGUCAAAAAACAAACUAACCUAACUAAAUUUUUCAGUAUUUUUAUACUUUAAAGUAAAAUAUAGAAAAAUGUACGCACAAUCUUUUCGGUGGCCAAAAAUUCUGUGAUCAUUUUCUACCGUUUUGUCCCAGUUUCAUUGUCUCUCAAGGAAAAUUAAAAAUAAGAAAAAGUCAAUAAGGACCAAGGCCCAAUAGUGUCACAGUUUUGGCUGAAGUGUUUGUUUUUUAUUUUCGAUUUUCUUCCUUCAAUAGUUUCGAAAUCCUUUUGACGCAAUUUGGAAAAAAGUGAAAUCGAGUUAAUUUGUGUCUCGAAAAUUUGAAAAAAAUAUAAGUGCUACCGUUAUUUUCGUGAAUUUUCGAUUUAAUUUCGAUUCUCUAACGUCAUUUGUUGUUCGGGAAAACAACAGAAUUUGAAAAACAUAAAAAUAUACAAAGAAUUGUGCAGAAUUCCAGAGUUAAGGUUUUGAGGGUGGUAGCUCUGUGCUGCUGCUGCUGCUGAUAUUGCUACCGAAGUAUUUUUAGGUCACAUCACUUAUGAGGAAAGCGCAACACACCAAUACCAGUAUAAGGAUUCAUUAAAUAUACAUAUUUAGAGUGCAGUGUGAGCUACUUUGUUGUUUUUCUCGUGCAAAAUAAAUAGGACUGGAAAGUAGAGUACUCGAAAACGAGAAAAAGGAAAAACAACACAAAAUACAAUAAAAAAAAAAACUUACAGAAAUUACAAAAUGGAAGCAACUCCGAAGGUCCAUCGUCACCAUCAUAGACGUGAGAGGCGUUCAAGUUCCCGAAGAAACGAACAGCGUACAAAUCACGAAGACACUUCUACGGAACGUCGAAGAAGUGAACCUGCAGCUAGAACAACAGCAACAGUAUCAGUACCAGUAACAACAACAACAACGACGGAAGCGACACCUACAAUAGUACCUCCAGUGAUAAUAACAUCAGAUGCAAUUACGAACGAUCAACCAACGACCAGUACCGGAACCGGAAGAGUUGUAUCAGCUCUGGCGGUGGCGGCGGCCGCAUUCAUUGACUCAUCAUCAUCAGCCCAAGUGUCAAAUAAUAGUACGUCAAUUCAAAUCGAAGACGAAACUUCUUCAUCAUCGCCAGCAAUCAACAAUCCCGAGGUUCUAGUUAACGGUCAUGUUAUGGAAGAUGAAAACGAAGACAAGCAAAUUGCUGUUGAAACACCGACAAAUAAUCCCGAAACCUCCUCAAUUCGGGACACAGCUAGAAGUUCCAUAGAUUCUAUAAGUCUCCGCAGUGCUAUAAUGCAACAUUCACGUCGAGCAUCGCCCCACGCAAUUGGCCUAACGCAAUCACAACCUCAGCCACACGCCCAUUUGCAUCGUGGAAUUCUGGGAUUCAUGGAUCGAGAAUUGAAGGCGGGUGCUCAAAAGAAAACCCAAUCUCUGUCCGAUCCCCAGGCAAGUCCGGCACAGCGUUCGACUCGGAGUCGGAGUAGUUUAGAAAAAAGUCCGCGUCGAAAACGCAGUAAAUCGGAAUCGCGAAGACGACGCGAAAGAAAACUAAUCGCCGCGGGCGAAAUGGAAGUACGACAGGCUAACGAAACUUUGAUGCGUUACUUAAAGCAGUGCUCCGAAAUGAACGACGCCUCGCUGUCUGGCGAACUAGAAAUCGAUCACAAUUACGACGAACGAAGAGUGCACCGAAAGACGAAAUCGCAAAGGGAUAAGCGGGGUCAACUAAUAAGUAAGACAUAUGGGAAAUUGUAUACGGCCGGUGGACUAUCAUCUAUUCUUAAAGAGCUCUCCGAUGACAUUGUUCCAGCUGAUGGAGAAGAAAUUUACAAUCCAUUUACCCCAGUUGUUUCGCCAACGGAGGAACAAUCAACACGAAUUGACAAAAUGUUCAUCCAGACUGCGUCCGGAUAUCGACCCGUUGAUCAUUGUUACUACAAACAUCCAAUUGGAUCGGAUCCAGAGAGUAAUAGACAUGACAUCUCCUCCAACGUCCAAUUAGCCUGUUCUUUCCAUCGAAUCUGGAUAAUGGUUUCCAACAUUUGUCACGGCCUAUUAGGUGGCCUGGCAUUGGCGCACCUGCUUUUCGUGACCACAAGUAAACCAUUGGACUGGCCAGAUGGCGCCAUACACCAUUAUUCGUCCUUUGCCGAAGCGUACGCAAACACCUUCUAUUGCUUGGCCAUAAUUUGUAUGGUGUCUGUUUUUGACCGCAUGGAUUUAUGCCAUUUAGAUUUUUCUAAUGCAUCAGAAGUAAUAUCAUUUCGGUGGAUAAUUAUAGCAAUGAUUUACAUAGCGACAAUAAUCCUCACACUAUGUGCGGAAUCUAUGAAUGAAAAAAUCUACUUGACCAAAAACUCGAACGUGACAAUGAUGAGAGAAGAUAUGGAAAGUCAUAAUCAAGCAAUAAGCGUAUGGAGUAGUCUAUCGAUGGCACGAAGCAUUGGUGGUAUAUUUGGUUGGAUAAUGAUUGGUCUAUCACCAGCCGAAGAUCUACUCUAUAGCCAUUUAAUGGACAUGGAUAAAUAUCAAAUGACAAAUAAUUAAAAAUAUAAAAAUGUAUAUUUGACAGAUGUCAAAACAUAACAAAAUAUAUAAACAUAAUUAUAAAUAAAAGCAUUAUUUAGAAUUAAAUGUAUUUAUCAAUAAAAUAACAAUAAUAAUAUAAAAAUAUAAUAUAUAUAUAAAAAUAAUAAUUAAUUAAACCAGCAUGUAAACAACAACCGAACAAGUGAUAUAUUUACCCACAUAUUUAUUAUUGUAAAAAUAAAACAAGAUAGAAAAAUAAAAAUCAUAUACUUAUAUAAAAAUAAAUAUUAAUUAUUAUAUUCAUGUUUAUUACGUUUUAUUUAUUUGCCUUUAUAUACUUUGAAAAUAAAACAAAAUUGUAAUAAUAUGUAAAUACGACAUUACUACCUACAAACAAAUAAAAACAAUUUAAUAUUUAGCAACAUUAAUUUUUAAAACUAAAAUAAUUGUAUGAUUGUCCGACAAAAUAUAUAAACCUAGUCUAUAACACUAAUAAUAAUAAUAUAUUGAAAUAAACUAGUUUGUUUUUAUUUUUUGAAUAAAAUAAAUGUAUAAAGAAUAAAUGUGAGCAGAAAAAAAAUAAUAAUUUAUUAUAAGCAACGCAAUUUAAAAACUUUUUAUUUUAACGAAUUUUAAUUUUAAUUUGAAAAUUUGUAAUAAAAACAAAAAUGUAUAUGAAUGUACUAUAUUUAAUUUCUUUUGAAUAAAAAUUUAAUCAAUUCGUUUUAUUUGUUAAACAAAAUCUCUACUUAUUGGCUGCUAAUAAAUUAAAAACAAAACAGAAAAUUAUAUAUUAAUAUAUUUAAUGCAAAAUUUAAAUAUUUAAAAACAAAAAGAAGAAAAGUAAAAAAAGCAAUGAAUGUCUAUUAACAAAAAAAAAAACAGAAACAAAA